GGUGGGCUGGCCCCGGCGGCGCCAUGUGAUGCCCUCUCCUCCCCGGGCUCUCCCGGCGCGGCGCGGAGCGAGCGGAGCAUCCCGGGGCCGGGCAGGAGCUGCCAGCACGUGGAUGCAGAGACCUGCCUGCCAUCUGCCUGUCCGUGUGUCCCAGCACCCUGCAAGCCUCCUGAGGGCCAGUCAGAGGGGGAGAGCUGAGGCUGUGCCCUCCCUUCAGCCCCUGCCCGUUUCCAGAGCCAUCCCAGACCAUCCAGCAGCUGAAGCCUCCAGUGAGGACCCUCAUCCCUGCAGCUGAUCUGCCAGAGCUGCUCUUCCCACCUCCAGCCCCAUCACAGGUUCUCCUCUUGCCAAAGCAUCCCUUCAGCUGGGUUAGCAGAGGGCAGAGUUUGGAGGCUCCGUGCUGGGCUCUCCUCCCGUCCCGUCCCGCGGUGCUGCCGAUGCUGUUGGCCAUGAGCGCCUGCAGCAGGAAGGCGCUGACCUUGCUCAGCUCAGUGUUCGCCGUCUGCGGCCUCGGCCUCCUGGGCAUCUCUGUCAGCACCGACUACUGGCUCUACCUGGAGGAGGGCAUCGUCCAGCCCCAGAACCAGACGGCCGAGAUCAAGCUCUCGCUGCACUCGGGGCUCUGGAGGGUCUGCUUUCUGGCAGGUGAGGAGCGUGGCCGGUGCUUCACCAUCGAAUACGUCAUGCCCAUGAACAUCCAGCUGACCUCUGAAUCCACAAUCAACGUCCUGAAGAUGAUCCGCUCUGCCACCCCUUUCCCUCUGGUCAGCCUCUUCUUCAUGUUCAUCGGCUUCAUCCUGAGCAACAUCGGCCACAUCCGGCCCCACAGGACCAUCCUCGCCUUCGUCUCGGGGAUCUUCUUCAUCCUCUCAGGUCUGUCACUGGUGGUGGGGCUGGUCCUCUACAUAUCCAGCAUUAAUGACGAGAUGCUCAACAGGACCAAGGACUCGGAGUCGUUCUUCAAUUACAAAUAUGGCUGGUCCUUUGCCUUCUCUGCCAUCUCCUUCCUUCUCACAGAGAGCGCCGGGGUGAUGUCCGUGUACCUGUUCAUGAAGCGCUACACGGCCGAGGACCUCUACAGACCCCACCCCGGCUUCUACCGGCCCCGCCUGAGCAACUGCUCCGACUACUCGGGGCAGUUCCUGCACCCCGACGCGUGGGCGCGGGGCCGCAGCCCCUCGGACAUCUCCAGCGAGGCGUCCCUGCAGAUGAACAGCAGCUACCCAGCCCUGCUCAAGUGCCCUGACUACGACCAGAUGUCCUCGUCCCCGUGCUGAGCCACCCGGCCCCACAGCCCCUCCGCCCCGACUCCGUUUGUCGUUUUUUUAGGCCGCUCUUUUCUGGCCAAUUCUCUAUUUAUAGGAGCGUAAAUAUAACCAGAGAGAUUGGUUAUGUAACCAAUAGUGUAACCUAGAGAAUUGGGAUGUUUCCCUUUCUUUGGUUUUUUUUUGGGUUGUUUUAUUCCUCCCCGCAUAACUAAGAAUCUCUCCAAAGUCCUCCUCUCUCAGCUCAUCCCGCUGAGCAAACAGCAGUUCUGCCUGGGGGAUAAAUCCAGGGCUGGACUCAAGAGCAGGAAAAAGAAAAUAGAGUAGAACUAAGGGGAAAAAAGGUGUAUUUUUUGGUGUAGGUAGGUAGGCUGAUCAAGUUUGUGCAUUCGACUGUAUCAUUGAAUUCUAUAUUUACUGGCCUGAGUGCCAGCAGGCAGAAAAGAUUUGUGUAACAUUCCAAAAAAACAGCAUUAGAAAAACAUAAAUUUUGUCUUGACUGAACACUUAUUGGUUGGUAUCUCUCACUGCUGGAUAUCACUUCCAGCCAGGCUGGAAUGGGAAAUAGCCAUCCUGCCAUGACAUCCUUCCAUGGACACCAGCAGCUCGUUGUUCCUCUCUGGCCACCUGUAAACUCUUGCUUAAAUAUCCCAUGUUAGACUGGAGGCACUCUGGGGUGCUGGGCUGGAGGGAUCAGCAUCCAAAUUUCCUCUGCCAUCCUAUAGACAGGAGGCCUGAAGCAUAAAUGGGAGAAUUUUGGUGCAGCAUUGAGUGGAAAACAGCCCAAACCUUUCCCAUUGGAAACAUCAGGUGCAGGAUUUAGAGGAAAGAAGUUAUUUCAGUGAAAGGCAAGACCCCAAACUGAUUUUGCUGAGAUCAUUGGUACAAGUCCACUGCAGCAAAGCAGUUGGCUUAUUUUACGUUUUGGCAAGAAAAUUGUAUUUUUGGUGCUUUUUUGUUUGAUUGGUUGGGGUUUUUUUUGUUUUGUUUUGUUUUGGUUUGGGGUUUUUUUGUGUGUGUGUGUGUAUUUAUUUUGAGGUUUUAAGUUUGAAAAUUUCAUCUGAUGCUUUGGCAUUUUGGCCUUAGCCAGCUGCCAGGGGAAAACACCACUGCCACUGAGGGAAAACAAAGGGCAGGGAAGGAAAAGGCUGUGAUCCCUCAUGCAAGCCCCAGCUUGUCACCUUGCAGGAGAAAGAGCUUUGCCCAAACUUUAUUUCUGUUCUUGUUACUUUCAACCUUUCUGAAAAUUUCCAUUCUGCAGAAAAAAAACAGUCUGGGGAUUCUUGGUAUAUUUGAGCUUGUUUUGUCUUACUGUUAAUUAAAAGAAAUAGAAUAUU